AGUGAUUGACGGCUGUAUUGAAAUGGUCACAAUUAAUGGUAGACCCUUAAAGAUAUUGGAGGACUCUGGUUUUAGAAAAAUAGUAGAUCCCAUUUUUCGAUCUUUAGGAUUUACUAUGAACGCUGAUGUUGUGCGCAAUCAUAUUUGUAAUCGGGCAAGUUUAGUCCGUAAAGCUAUUACUGAACAAAUGAAAAAAAAAUUUUUUUGUAUAAAAAUGGACACUGCAACUAGACUUGGUCGUACUAUACUUGGCAUAAAUGUUCAGUUUAUUUAUGAAGGAAAAAUUAUUAUUAGGAACCUGGCUACGACAGAAGUUUAUCAAACUACAUCUAUCAACUUAAAAUGUAUACUUUUAAAAACAUUGGAAAGGUACAACUUAAAUCCUAAAUUUAUUUAUUCUAUUACGACAGACAAUGGAGCGAAUAUGUUGAAAACGGUUUCAUUAAUUCGUGAAAUGAAUAGAGAUUUCGAGUAUUUCGACAAUAAUGAAGAAAUGUCUGAAAAUGUGCACAAUUUUGAAGAUAAUCAAGUUCACACAGAUGAAGAAAACAGUUAUGAUGUUUCGGAAUGUUCUGAUGAAGACAAUAAUAUGAUAAACGAACAAGAAAACGAAAAUAACCAAGAAACAUUGCCUUCAAUCAUCAACGAUUUGGGUGCAGAAGUCCACACAUUGGAGGUAUUGAGGGGUAUGCGAUGUGCUGCUCACACCUUACAACUAUCGAUUCUAGAUGUAUUUAAAACAGAAAGUAUAAAAUCAACCAUAAACAAAUCACGGAGAUUGGUGAAGACGUUGAGAUUACCAAAAAAUUUAGAAGCUCUCAAGAAUAUGGAUUUAAAACGACCUGUAAUCGAUUGUGUAACUCGGUGGGGAUCAACAUAUGACAUGUUAGAAAGUCUAUUAAGAUGUCAAAAUUUUUGUCAAGUUUUUGGUAGACAUCAAACGAGAUUAAACGUAGACAGUGAUUUUUGGACAUCUUUAAAUGACCUCAAAAAUGCCCUUGGACCAGCUAAAAUAACUAGUUGUGUAUUACAGGCUCAGCAAUUAUACCCAGGAGAUUGUUUACUUUAUUGGAAAAAAUGCAUUAUUCACACAAGAAAAAUAAAUUCAUUUAUUUCAAAUAGUAUUGCUGAAGCUAUGCAAAGACGAGAAACGACUUUAUUCGACUGUGAUAGUUUCAAGUUGGCUAUUUUUUUGGAUGGUCGUGUCAAUGUUUUAUUAGAUGAAAAUACACUAAGAGAAGCUAAAAAUCAUUUGAUACUAUUGUCAUCAGAAUUACACAACAUUGAUCCUGUUAUUAGAGAAGGGCAAUCUGUUUCAAAUAAUAAUAUUGAAACAGAUGAAGUAGAUGACUUAGAGCUUGAACUUCGUGCGGCGGCAGCUGACCGGAGUAGUGGUUUGGUUAGUAAUCAAGACCAAGUUGUAUUGGAUAUUCAAAGGGAAAUUGUAAAUUUUAUGCAACUUCCUAGGGAAGAUAAAAGUAAAAACAUUAUGGAUAUUUGGACAACACUUAAAAAAAUGUACCCAUUGAUGUAUGAAUGCGCUUUGGUUGCUUUAGCAUUACCAACUACACAGGUCACAGUGGAACGUCUUUUUUCCAGUUUAAAAUUCAUAUUGAAUGAUCAACGAAAUAGGAUGAACCCCUCUUUACUGGAAGACAUAAUGGUUGUACGGUCAAACUAUUUAUUUGACAAAAGUUAAUCUACCUACAGUAUAUAUUUAUAGUUUUUAUUGAUUAUUAUUUAUAAUUUUUUAUAGUAUUUAUUCAUUAUUAUUUAUUUAUAGU